AUGAGCGACGACUUGCCGAUCGAUAUUCACAGCAGCAAACUUCUGGAUUGGCUCGUAUCCCGACGUCACUGCAACAAAGAUUGGCAGAAGAGUGUGCUAGCGAUUCGUGAAAAAAUCAAACAUGCCAUUCUCGAUAUGCCUGAAUCGCAGAAAAUCGUCGAACUUCUUCAAGGAGCUUAUAUAAACUACUUCCAUUGCUGUCAGAUAAUCGAAAUCCUUCGAGACACUGAAAAAGACACGAAAAACUUUCUGGGAUUCUAUUCAUCGCAACGAAUGAAGGACUGGCAGGAGAUCGAGGGAAUGUAUAAAAAAGAUAAUGUAUAUUUGGCGGAAGCGGCUCAGACUCUUCAACGACUCGCUCAAUACGAAAUUCCUGGACUCAAAAAGCAGAUUUCGAAGAAUGAUCAAGCGGUGACGGAUGCAAUCAAGAAAUUCUCGGAUUAUGGAAAACAGGCAGAGGAUUCGAAGAAACAGUUCGAGAAAGAAGUUCAAAAAAUGGGAAUCAAGGGCCAUAGUUUGAGAGCGGAGCUUCUGGAGCUCGCUGCGGAUCUUCCUGUAUUUUUUGAGAAAAUUGCGAAAGAAAUCCAGACGUUUUCGCCCGCCAGAGAGUAUUUCAAGGCGUUCCGCAACUAUAUGCAUCAAAAUUCCGCUCCAGAAUCAUCGUUGAUUCUCCCGAUUUUAACGUUGAUUUCGGAGCGUGGAGUAGAUGUGACAACGUACGAAUGGAAAUACCAUCAGAAGCCAGAUCGUGUCGAGAAACCAAAUUUCGAUCUGCUUCUAAAAGGUGAUAAAGUUGAAGAUUCAGAUGAAAUCGAUUUCGGAGAUGAUAUCGACUUUGGUGAUGGAGCAGAAAUCGAUUUCGGCGCAGAUUCCACUGAAAUCGCUAUCGACGUCGUCGCCGAUGAUUCUGGAGCAGUCGGAGAGAAAGUUGCAAGUGGGCAAGAUGCAUUGAACCUUCUCGAAAAUUCCGAAUCUCAAAAAGCGUUGAAACAAGAGCUUCUCGAGCUCUUAGCCUUCCUUUCAAUGCGUUUGGAAGACGAAACUCGCGAAACGGGAGCGGAUAUUCUGAUUCGUGGAGCCGAAAAGCGACCAGAUGAGGUGGCUAAAGUGACGGAUAAGGAUCUGAAAAAAUGGAUUGAUGGAAUUCAAGAUGUGCUCAAGGAAUUCGAGAAUCCCCAAAAAAUUCAUUUGUUCAAAAUUCGAGGAUGUCCACAGUACGUCGAGCAAGUCGUCGAAGAACUCGAAAAGAAGCGGGACAUGGAGCACCGCUACAAACGCCUUCAAACCCUAAUGACUGAAAAUCAAGAGGCCGCUCGUGUAGCUGUAAGCAAAGCUAAUGAUGAGCUGAAAACAAUUGUAGAAAGCACCCGAGUGCUUCAGAAGCAGGUGGAAUCUGAAAUUUCAAAGAAGUAUAACGGAAGAAGAGUCAAUUUGAUGGGCGGUAUCAAUCAAGCACUUGGUGGAACAUAA